AUGACUAAUAGUACCCAUGCCUCACCGCAUUUCAGCGAUGUCAUACUGGACAACAAGGCCAUCAGUGGUAUCACAGGGUCUAUAUCUAUAAGUUUUUGGAUUAUUGUGUUUGUUCCCCAGAUAUAUGAAAAUUACGUCAGAAAAUCCUCUGAAGGUUUAUCUUUGUUAUUUGUCGUUUUAUGGUUAGCUGGUGAUGUCUUUAAUGUCCUUGGUGCUAUUUUACAACAUGUUUUACCAACAAUGAUCAUAUUGGCAAUUUACUAUACCCUUGCUGAUCUAAUACUACUAGGUCAGAUCUUCUUAUACGGUGAUGGGUCUCAAGUUGAUCCUGUUCAUUUAUCUCCAGCUAAUCCUUUAUCUGAAAAUAUAUUUGAUGAAGUUUUAGGUGAUCAAGAAUCUCAAUCAACUACAUCUAUUCAAUACUCUCAACUGGAACAAGGUGGUGUUUCAAACACAAAGCAAUCAAAUAAGAAAUCAAGAAAGAGAACUUUGAUUGAAAGUUCAUUGAUUUUUUUCGUUAUACUUUCAGGUAUAAUUGGUUGGUACAUUUCAUAUAAUCCUGACCAGGACCAAGAUGGUGAUGAUGAUGAUGAAUUAAAAUUUGAUUUCCUUGCACAGUUCUUUGGUUGGUUAUCAGCUAUAUUAUAUCUAGGUUCAAGAAUGCCUCAAAUUUUAUUAAAUUUUAAAAGAAAAUCUUGUGAAGGUAUUUCAUUUUUAUUUUUCCUUUGUGCAUGUCUGGGUAAUUUAACCUAUGUUAUCUCCAUUUUAUCAAUCAGCGUGGACCCAUAUUUCUUAUUGGUCCAAUCAAGUUGGUUGGCUGGCUCAAUAGGUACAUUAUCCUUGGAUUUUGUCAUUUUUGUUCAAUUUUUCCUGUAUAAUAGAGAUGGUGAAGAUAGUGAUGAUAGUGAUAUUGAUGAAAUCACUGAUUAG